ACCUGUUAAAGGACUUUUGUUUGUUUGGGUAUCCCAAACUAACGGGUUAUUAAAAAAGUCCUAUUUUAACUUAAAACCAUUGAAUAAGUGCCUUAAAUUCCGUCCAUGUUUUAAGCCACACUUUUUUUGUCUCGCACCGUAUUAAAGAGAGCUGAAGAAACGCAGGUUAGUUUUGUAAAAUAAAUGGGCGUUAUCGCUCCUAGAUAAGUCAUCCCGAGUCGCAACUCGCAACGCUUUAAGCCACAUGAUUCAUCAAUUGUAUAUAUGAUACGAACGAUGUGUAAGGCAGGUGUUAGUUAAAGUGAAAUCAACGGAAAGUGAAGAUCUCGAUACCAUGUCUAAACAGCUGGGUGUAGUGGGCAUAUUCGUUUGUGUAUUAGUGCUUGUAAAAUCUCAAAAUUACGGUAAUCAAUAUUAUGGAGCCCCAAAUCCACAUUUAGAUCCGUCUUAUCACAUUCCCAACCCAGGAGACAAAGAUUAUCAAACGUACAUAUAUAACAAUAGGAGAUAUGGGCAAAAUCAACCUCACAUGUAUCCAGGUUAUCCUGGAAAUCCAAAUUUAUCUGGCCAAGAUCCGCGGUUUAGAUAUGAUAGGGAAGGCAAUGCAGAACCAAUCCUCCCUGGGAUCUUAGCCGGUUGGAGAGCUGAUUUGCAAGGAAAAGAGAGACCUGACAGUCGUUUAAGAGAUAGAGAUAUAUUUGUUAAGACAAGUCAUGGGCAAGUUCAAGGAUUUAAAGUUUAUUUAUAUGAUACUCCUGAUCCACAGUCUUUAUAUAGACCAGGUACAGAAUUUACUGAAAGAGAACAAGGAGUUACUUCAGUAUUUCUUGGAAUUCCUUAUGCUCAACCACCUAUAGCUGAAGGAAGAUUUAGGCCACCUAGAUGGCACAAAGGAUGGCAAAACAUUCAAGCUGUUGAUUUUGGCCCGGCAUGCCCACAACCAACGAUGUAUACAGGCGCUCAAAAUGGCAUAAGAGACAUGCAUGAAGAUUGCCUUUACCUAAACAUUUACACUCCAACGACAGAAAUAGUCCCAAUGAAAUACCCAGUUAUGGUGUAUAUUCAUGGUGGUGAUUUCAUAAGAGGAGCUUCAAAUUUAUUCCCAGGACACAUAAUGGCGACUUUUUAUAAAGUGGUAGUUGUGACGUUUAAUUACCGUUUGGGUGCUUUAGGAUUUUUAAGUACGGGCGAUAUCAAUUCCCCGGGAAACUAUGGUAUUCUAGAUCAAGCGAUGGCUUUGAAAUGGAUUCAUGAGAAUGUUGAUAAUUUUAAUGGGGAUAGGAAUUCGAUAACGUUAUUUGGACCCGGAGCUGGAGCUGCUUCGGCUGGGCUUUUGAUGGUGAAUCCGGCAACGCGAAAUAUUGUAACACAAGUUAUUGCUCAAAGUGGAUCUGCAUUGGCAGAUUGGGCUUUUAUAAACGACAAAUAUAGGGUGCAAAAUACAAGUAGAGUGUUUGGACAAAUUAUGGGUUGCAGUAUUGAGUCAUCUUGGAAAUUGGUGAAUUGUUUAAAACAUGCUCGAAGUGCUUUGGAGUUAGGAAAUGCUGAAUUCCCCCCUCAUGUUGGAUUAUUUCCUUGGGGGCCAGUUACAGAAAUGAAUUUUUCAAUGCCAUAUUAUGAGGGAUGGUACGAGAAAGAGUGGCAUUUUUUACAAAAUUCUCCUGAAAAUUUAAUACGUAAAGGUGAAUUUAAUAAAGGUUUAAAAUACAUGGCAAGCGUUACCAUGCAAGAAGCAGCUCAUUUUAUAUACAAUAACAAAUCGUUAGCGCCUAAUUAUAUAGUAAACGAAGAAUUUUUCGAUCAAAAGUUAUGGGAACUAGUUCUACGAUACAACUACACCCUAAAUAUGAAUGGAACGUUUGAAGCUAUCAAAUACAUGUAUACUUAUUGGCCAAACCCAUCAAACGUAACUCACAUCAGGGAAAAAUAUAUCGAAUUACUGAGCGAUUUCUUAUACGUAGCUCCAAACGACAAAAUGAUCAAAUUACUGGUUGAACAAAACGUACCUGUUUAUAUGUACGUUUUAAACACAACCGUCGAAUCUUUUAAUACAGAUUUUUGGAGAAAAACUCCUCAUAAUAUCGAACAUUAUUUACUUUGUGGUGCUCCAUUUAUGGAUGUUGAGUUUUUCCCAGAAAGUUUAAGUUUUAAAAGGACCCAAUGGACGAAUAAUGAUAGAAAUAUGAGUCAUUUCUUUAUGAAAGCUUAUACAGAUUUUGCUAGAUAUGGCACACCAUCAUACACAAGAAUAUUAGGUUUACAUUUUGAAAUGGCAGAAAAUGGAAUGUUAAAAUACUUAAAUUUAAAUACGACGUAUAACUCGACGAUCAAAUGGAAUUACAGACAAACGGAAUCUGCAUUUUGGACCAUGUAUUUACCAACUGUUGUUGGACACUUAAUUCCGACAUAUCCUCCAACAACUGAAUUUUGGUGGGAACCAAGGACCCCAUUGCAAGUAGCUUUUUGGAGCAUGGCGACAAUGUGUUUAUUAUUAGUAGUCUUAGUAGUAGUAUGUUGCAUGUUGUGGAGAAACGCAAAAAGAUCAUCAUCAUCGGAUCCAAUCUUUGCGUGCUUCAGUUAGAUUUAGAACAUUAUCUUCUAUCGUUAUAGGCAGUCGGAUAGAUACUAUAAUAACACUUACAUGAAUCAAGUCGAUGAGGAGAUAAGUAUCGCGAAUACGAGGUCCCCAGGGUUCGAGUACACGGACAAACCGAAGACUUCCGUCAAAUCGGGCAGCGUCGGCUCACUGAGAUCAAACAGCCAAAUAUCUUUGAAGGAACUACAAGAGUACAGCGUACCAAAAAAGGCAGCGCCACUGCUACCCAAAAAUGAAAAACAUCGAGCGUAUUUACCAGAUGGUGUUCCACAAACAGAUGUUUAAACAACGAUCUCAUUACUAAUUACAUUCCAUAAAAUGAUUCAAAAACUUAUUAAAAAAAACCAGUUAUCA